AAGAAAAAACUUUUUAUUUCCAAAUGGGCAACUAGAAUAGUAGUUCAUUAAUCAGUACCGUUCUAAACACAAUUAGAUGUAACUGUCAACAUAUAAACAAUUCUGAUAUUAUUUUUUUUGCAACGAAUCGUAUCUUAGUACGUGAGCCGUUAUCGCUUAUUGUCUCUCUACUUUUCGACUUGCAAACAACCUCUACCAACAUUUUAACACGUAUCAUUAUCUAGAUAAUCUCAUUACGUUUUCGAUCACUAUCGAAAGAAACAAACUGAAAAACAAUGAAAAUCGCAAAUUGUUAUUAAUAAUUAGAUUAUCUUUCGGGGUAAGGAUAAAAUAUAAUCCCUUUGUCUUUAGAAACAGAAUCAUUUCGCGCGGUUAAUCCAACGAGAAUGCCCGGAAGUGAUAUUAAAAAAGUUGAACUCGAAGACGAUGAAUAUGAAACUUAUUUUACCCGACAAAGGGUUGUUAUUCCAGAUGACGAUAAGCCCGGAUUUAGUUUUCGAAAACUUUGGGCAUUCUCCGGUCCCGGAUUAUUGAUGUCUAUUGCUUAUUUGGACCCCGGAAAUAUCGAAAGUGAUCUUCAAUCGGGAACUAUCGCGGGAUAUAAAUUAUUAUGGGUACUUUUAAGCGCAACCGUUUUAGGAUUGGUGGCUCAAACUUUAGCAACAAGAUUGGGUGUUACAACGGGGUUACAUUUAGCUGAGAUGUGUCAUCGUCAAUACAAAAAAUUUCCGCGGCUUUUAGUGUGGAUAAUGGUUGAAAUCGCUGUAAUCGGUUCUGAUAUGCAAGAAGUCAUUGGAACUGGAAUUGCGAUUUAUUUACUUUCAAAUAAAGUAAUUCCUUUAUGGGCUGGUUGUAUAAUAACAAUCAUAGACACCUUCACAUUCUUAUUCUUAGACAAAUACGGGCUUAGAAAAUUAGAACUUUUCUUUGCAUUUUUAAUAUCAGUAAUGGGAAUAACUUUUGGUUAUGAAUACAUCGUAGCUGCACCAAGUCAAGGAUCAGUUGUACAAGGAAUGUUCUUUCCUUGGUGUAAAGAUUGCAAUUCCGACGCUCUUUUGCAAGCCGUUGGAAUAGUAGGGGCUGUAAUUAUGCCUCACAAUUUGUAUUUGCACUCAGCUUUAGUGAAAUCGAGGGAAGUCGACAGAAAGAAGCCGGAAAAAAUUAAAGAGGCUAAUUUUUAUUAUUUAAUUGAAAGUAGUAUUGCUUUAUUGAUCAGUUUUGUUAUCAACGUUUUUGUGGUUUCCGUUUUUGCUUACGGACUUCAUCACAAAACUAAUACAGAAAUGUUGGAUAGUUGCGAAAUAAAUGGUAUUGAUGCUUUCGAUGUUUUUCCGAAUAACACUGAAUAUGUAAACGCCGAUCUUUAUAAAGGUGGAAUUUUCUUGGGGUGUACUUUCGGUUCGGCCGCUCUUUACAUUUGGGCCGUUGGGAUUUUAGCAGCUGGUCAAAGUUCAACUAUGACGGGAACAUAUGCCGGACAAUUCGCUAUGGAAGGUUUCUUAAAUUUAAAAUGGGCCAGAUGGAAGAGAGUGUUGUUCACUAGAACUAUAGCUAUUAUUCCAACGUUCUUUACUGCUUUCUUUAGCACCAUCGAGGAUUUAACGGAUAUGAAUGAUAUAUUAAAUGCCGUUAUGAGUUUGCAAUUACCAUUCGCUGUUAUUCCUACGAUAGCUUUUACGAGUAAUCCCAAAAUUAUGGGCAAAUUCACCAAUGGAAUAGUUUUAAAAAUCGUUGCGUUCUUAUUAUCAGCCGCUGUAAUUUCGAUUAACAUUUAUUUCGUUUAUUCAACUGUGGAAGAAAUGGACCUUAACGCUGGAGCAUUAUCAGGCGUGCUUAUAGUAGCUGUUUUAUACGUAAUGUUAGUUAUAUAUUUAAUAAUUCAUUUAACAGCAUCGAUAAAUAUAAACACAAUCGGCCAAAAACCCUUCAUAAAAAAAUAUUUCUUAGUUGAUAGCGAUCAUAACUUGGAAUUAAAGAUAUAAU